CUAAAAUAACAAGACGUGUUUAUUAUUUACACGAAGACAGGGUAUUGUUCCUCGACUGGUAAUGCUUGUGUGAUGUUAACACAUUGAUUUGAGUCAGAAAGGGAUGGACCUUUGUGCAAAAUCAGCCGAAACUGGGGUAACGCCAACAUCCGUCGCUAUAGAUACAGAAGGGGUGUUGAUGGAGUUGGUGUAUCUGUGCAUCUGAUAUACUGCUGGUUAAUGGUGCAGAAAUGAAGUAGUUGUGCUACACGUCCCGUGAGCACCACAGAUAAGAGUUUAAUUCAUGCAUAUUCUCUAGAAAACGACAAAGUUUUUGGAAUGCAUUUCUUCAAAAAAUGCUCUGUGUUUAAAGUGGUGCUGAGUGCCUUGCUUAUUGUAGCUCUGCUGCAGCUCAUCUACCUGUCAUUCCUGUCCAAGCUACACGGCAAACAGCAGCGCUACAAGUACUCAGAGCUGUUUGGCUCCAAGAAGAACGCAGCACAACCCAAUGAGAAGAACUCUAAACGAGAACGCCUGAGAUACUCCUUGUCCAGUGGAGGCAUCUUCGACAGCAGUGGUCAGUACCGUGUGUACAAAAACCUCAUCAAGAGCGACUUCUCCACCAACCAGAAGCUGGGCGCAGAUCCAAGAUCUCAUCACCUCGCCUUGGCGACACACACAACCCUCAACAAUCUUCGCCAUUUGGAUUCUUUGCUUGAACGCUGGCAGAAUCCACUCUCCGUGGCUAUUUUCGCUCAUGGCCAGGAUGUCAAGUUUGCCACAGCGAUUGUCUAUGCUCUCAGUCUCUUCUGUCCACGUGUCCAAGCCUUGGUGGAUUUCCACCUGGUGUGCCACUCGGAGGAGAUGGCCACCUUCCCCGAGCAAGACAGGGAACACUUUGCUGGACUUGAGGAACAAGGCUGUCCUGGUGUCUUUGCAAAGCUUGAAUCCCACCAGGACAAGUACAAGAACUACGCUAUGGGAAGAAACGUCUCCUACCCCAAUAACCUUCUCCGCAACGUGGCCAGGACAGGCACAGAUGCCGCGUACAUCCUCGUCCUCGACAUUGACAUGGUACCCAGUGCAGACCUGCAUCAUCAGUUCGUGAUGAUGCUGAUGAAACGUGAGCCAGCCCCAGAUGAGGUUCUGGUCCUGCCUGUUUUUGAAAUUAGGCACACGCGCAAGAUGCCUGCUUCGAAAUCUGAGCUUGCACAGCUGUACCUGGUUGGUGAAGUGAGGCCCUUCUAUGAGGAACUGUGCCCACGAUGCCAAGCACCCACCAACUACUCCCGCUGGAUUAAUCUAGUCAGCAAGAGCUCUGGGCCUCUGGAGGUGGCGUAUACUCUGAACUGGGUUGACCCGUGGGAGCCGUUUUACAUCGGACCUAAAUCAGUGCCACUGUAUGACGAAAACUUCAGACAGUACGGCUUCAACCGUAUCAGUCAAGCCUGUGAGCUUCAUGUGGCAGGGUUCAGGUUCUCCGUGGUGAGUAAUGCCUUUGUGGUGCACCGAGGCUUUAAGGUCCAGGGCGACUUCCACAGCCGCAAGGACGAGGAGAACCGUAGAAACCGGCUGCUCUUCCGCAGCUUCAAGGAAGGUCUGAAAAACAAAUACCCCAACUCUCCUCGCCACUGCUGAGGCCUGGAUCUCCUUACGAACAUCCGCGCUCAUUACUACAGUAAAAUGAUGAAGAAAAGGGUUACUAAUGCUACACAGAAGUGCUGGGUAUGAUCUACGAUACAAACUGGAAAAUGAGUCUUUAUUACUUACAGUUACUGAUGUUCUGAUGUCAUGGCACACAAUUUGGACUUGCAUACUAACAGUAUACUAAAAGUACAUGACAAUCCAGGUGUAGAAAUUGUGACAUGUCCGUUAUUGAUUAUAUUUAAUGUAUUGUUUAUUAAAGUGUAUUGUAGUUGUGUCACUACGCUGAACGGAGAACAGGGUGUCUAUCAACUUAACACUGUAAAUGAGACACAAUGCCAAGGAUAUUAUUCCACCAAAGUUAUUCCACGAAAUCGAGUCAUACAUGAGCUGACAAGCCAUGCACGACAAGAUUGAGUGGAAUAACUGUUUUAUUCUAUCCACAUUCACUGGAUUUUGAGAAAUGGAGCAUUUAUUUUUUGCAAAUUCUAUCAAUAAAAUCUUCAUACAAAAUGUCCGACAAAAUCAUUUCUGCUUAGAAUGUAAACAAACCGGCGAAAUGACAGUAGCAAUUUGUGAAAAAUGCAAUAAUGAUUCUUGGGGAAAAAAAGAUACGUUCUUACCAUCAGAUACUUUUAUUCCAUAUUUUUUUGCUUUUUUUUUUUUGGAGUUUUGUUUUCGAGUAAUUUUUAUUCGUCCUUGGUUGGUUCAGCAAUACGUUCCGCCAUUUUGUUUUUCUCUACUCACGGUAUAUGAGCUGAUAGCCUAGUAGUAGAGUAGCCAAUCAGAGCACAAGAUUGCGCAUAUCCAGUGAAUGUCAUCUCAUCUCUCAUUAUCUCUAGCCCCUUCUACAGGGUCGCAGGCAAGCUGGAGCCUAUCCCAACUGACUACGGGCGAAAGGCGGGGUACACCCUGGACAAGUCGCCAGGUCAUCACAGGGCUGACACAUAGACACAGACAACCAUUCA